UUAUUGAUGAACAACUCGUUAAUUGAAGUGGCCAAGUUGCAUGAGGAAAAGAAUUUCGAAUUUGUUUUAUUCACAGGUGAUUUGGUUGACCAUGAUGGAGUUCACGCAACUCCCAAUAUCACCAAGGAAUCCGAAGUUGUUGCUUUUAAUUUGAUUAAACACUUUUUAAACAACAUCACCAUUAUGCCUUCAUUGGGUAAUCACGACUCGUUUCCUUAUGCGCAAGUUGCCCCAUUACAAUUUGAUCGUAACAAUUCAUACCAAUACAACAUUGAUGACAUGGUGAACUUGUGGAUCAAUAAUGAGUGGUUUGAUGAGAAGGAUGCUAGUGAUUUGAGACACCACUAUACUGGGUUCUCAUAUGUUACCAACAGAGGAUUGAAAAUUAUUGCCUUGAACUCAAAUACUUACUACGCUGAUAAUUUAUGGGCUUAUAUUGACCAAACGACUAGCCCCGACUUGUUUGGAAAUUGGAAAUUCCUAGUUGAUGAAUUGGUGGACUCGGAACAAAAGGGCCAAAGAGUUUGGAUAAUGGCACACAUUCCACCAAACAAUUAUGACGUCUUGCCAAUUCAGUCGAGAAUCUUUGGUAAAAUCAUUGAACGAUUUUCCCCUUACACCGUUGCCAAUUUGUUUUACGGUCAUACGCAUAGAGAUCAGUUCUCCAUAUUGUACUCUAGCAAUGUUACUGCUGCGGAUGCUGUUGCUGAAGAUGUUAUCAAUAUGUCCUGGGUUGCGCAAUCAGUAACUCCAUUUACUAGUUAUAACCCUUCGUGGAAGUGGUACGAAGUUGAGCAUGAAAGUUUCAACAUCAUCAAUGCAUACAACUACUAUACUCAAUUGAAUUUGACCUUCACCAAUGGAGGUGAAGAGCCAGAGUGGGAAAUUGAAUAUAGUGCUAGAGAUUUUUAUGAUUCAGACCACACUUGGCCAGAAGAUGCGCCUUUGAAUGGUACCUUCUGGCACAACUAUGUGGCUAAACCAUUGUGGAAUACUAGUGACGUUGGAUUCAAUCAAAAAUUUAUGGACCACAAAUACAGAUUGAGUCCAUUGACACCAAAUUGUUCUACACCAAAGGAAGGGAAAUUGAGUAGUGUCUGUUUCAAUGACAACAAUUGUUUUAUUAACUUUUAUUCCGACAACAACAUCAAGUGUCAAAGUUAG